AACGAGCGACUCCAGCCCGCGGCUUCCUAAACUUGGAGCUGGCUCUACGAAACAGCCAGAGAACUCUCGUCGCCUCCUCAGCUCGCGAAAGGGGCUCAGCGGCGAGGAACGCAGAGCGGGGCCACCCUGGAGAGCCUGGACCCAGACAAGCCAGUGCGGACCCACGCUGCCAAGAAACCUCUGCUGAUUCCCCUGUGCCCUGUCUGCUCCUCCUAACUGCCUCGGAGUACCUCUUCCAUCAGAUCCUCUAGUCAGAAGACAAAGAUGGCACUGCCUCUAGGCUCCUGCCUCAGCUGCUGUUUGGCUGUUCUCUCCCUUCUACCAUUCCUGAGCCUGGCCCAGUAUGAGAGCUGGCUGAACUACCCUGAGUACCUCCAGCAGCCGGCUCCUGAGUACCACCAGCCGCAGGUGCCCCCCGAUGUUGUCAAGAUCCAGCUGCGCCUGGCUGGGCAGAAAAGGAAGCACAGCGAGGGGCGGGUGGAGGUGUACUACAACGGGGAGUGGGGCACUGUGUGCGACGAUGACUUCUCCAUUCACGCCGCCCACGUGGUCUGCCGGGAGCUGGGAUAUGUGGAGGCCAAGUCCUGGACCGCCAGCUCCUCCUAUGGCAAGGGGGAAGGACCCAUCUGGUUGGACAAUGUCUACUGCACUGGCAAGGAGGCAACCCUGGCAGCCUGUUCUUCCAAUGGUUGGGGUGUCGCUGACUGCAAGCACACAGAAGACGUGGGUGUGGUGUGCAGUGACAAAAGGAUUCCUGGGUUCAAAUUUGACAAUUCAUUGAUCAACCACAUAGAGAACAUGAAUAUCCAGGUGGAGGACAUCCGGAUCCGAGCCAUCCUCUCUGCCUACCGCAAGCGCACCCCAGUGACAGAAGGCUACGUGGAGGUGAAGGAGGGCAAGACCUGGAAGCAGAUCUGUGACAAGCACUGGACAGCCCAGAACUCCCAUGUGGUCUGCGGCAUGUUUGGCUUCCCCGGGGAGAAGACAUACAACACCAAAGUGUACAAAAUGUUUGCCUCCAGGAGGAAGCAGCGUUACUGGCCUUUCUCCAUGGACUGCACAGGCACAGAGGCUCAUAUCUCCAGCUGCAAGUUGGGCACCCAGGCAUCACGGGACCCUGUGAAAAACGUUACAUGUGAGAACGGGCUGCCCGCUGUGGUGAGUUGUGUGCCCGGCCAGGCCUUCAACCUCGAUGGCCCCUCAAGAUUCCGGAAAGCCUACAAGCCAGAGCAACCCCUGGUGCGGUUGAGAGGUGGCGCCCACAUCGGGGAGGGCCGUGUGGAGGUGCUGAAGAAUGGAGAAUGGGGCACCAUCUGCGACGACAAGUGGGACCUGGUGUCUGCCAGCGUGGUCUGCCGAGAGCUGGGCUUUGGGAGUGCCAAAGAGGCCAUCACUGGCUCCAGGCUGGGUCAAGGGAUAGGACCCAUCCACCUGAAUGAAAUUGAGUGCACGGGGAAGGAGAAGUCCAUCAUCGACUGCAAAUUCAAUGCUGAGUCUCUGGGCUGCAGCCAUGAGGAAGAUGCGGGUGUGAGAUGUAACAUCCCUGCCAUGGGCUUCCAGAAGAAGCUGCGCCUAAACGGGGGCCGUAACCCCUACGAGGGCCGGGUGGAGAUGCUGAUGGAGAGAAAUGGGUCCCUCAUAUGGGGGACGGUGUGCGGAGAGAACUGGGGCAUUGUGGAGGCCAUGGUGGUCUGCCGACAGCUGGGCCUGGGGUUUGCCAGCAACGCCUUCCAGGAGACCUGGUACUGGCAUGGGAAUACCGGCAACAAAGUGGUCAUGAGUGGAGUGAAGUGUUCGGGAACAGAGCUGUCCCUGGCGCACUGCCGCCACGACGAGGAUGUGGUCUGCCCCCAGGGUGGGACGCAGUAUGGGGCCGGAGUCGCCUGCUCAGAAACUGCCCCCGACCUGGUCCUCAGCGCAGAGACAGUCCAGCAGACCACAUACCUGGAAGACCGGCCCAUGUUCAUGCUGCAGUGUGCCAUGGAGGAGAACUGCCUCUCAGCCUCGGCCGCCAAGACAGACCCCACCACGGGUUACCGCCGCCUUCUGCGCUUCUCUUCUCAGAUCCACAACAACGGCCAGUCGGACUUCCGACCCAAGAAUGGCCGCCAUGCAUGGAUCUGGCACGACUGCCACAGGCACUACCACAGCAUGGAAGUGUUCACCCACUACGACCUGUUGAACCUCAAUGGCACCAAAGUAGCAGAGGGCCACAAGGCCAGCUUCUGCUUGGAGGACACAGAGUGUGAAGGAGACAUCCAGAAGAGUUAUGAGUGUGCCAACUUUGGUGAGCAGGGCAUCACCAUGGGCUGCUGGGACAUGUACCGCCACGACAUUGACUGCCAGUGGAUCGACAUCACCGAUGUGCCCCCUGGAGAAUACCUGUUCCAGGUUGUCAUCAACCCCAACUAUGAGGUUGCAGAAUCUGACUACACCAACAACAUCAUGAAGUGCAAGGCCCGCUACGAUGGCCACCGCAUCUGGAUGUACAACUGCCACAUAGGUGGUUCCUACAGUGAAGAAACGGAAAAGAAGUUUGAACAAUUCAAUGGACUCAUAACUAACCAGGUCUCCACACGGUAGAGGAUCAUCCAUGGUCACUACCUAUCUUCCACACCGCAUCUUCCCCAGGACUUUCCCAACAACUGCAGUCUGACCAACCAACCACGGCAUUCCCCCUCGCUUGCCCAGAUCCCACCCUGUCUCGACCCCCUGCAGUCAUGUCCAAGCUCAGGAGGAAGGGGAUGCUCCUGGCUUUGGCUGGGUGUUGCCUGAUGUUUGGUGCCUGAGAAGCUCUAGGGCCUGGGGCUGAGCUGGUCCACAGGGUGUGGGCAGCACCACAGGCGCCAAGAGCUAGUCUGGCCUAGGACCCCUGGUGCACAGUUUCAGCCACUGACUCUGGUUGUCAUCAGCAUGUCCCAUCCAAGCCACAGUACAUCCUGAGUCUGACACCACCAGCUCACCACAGACAGUGACAUCUAUGAGGCCAUUUUCUUAAGAUACAUGUUGGCAAAUGUGAGCUUAUCAACCCCAAUAGUGGUCAGGCUGAACCCCACAUCUCCUCCUUGUAGGUCUUUUCCAGCAAACUUGAAUCUCUCAAUCUCUCUUUCAAUUAAACAAACUGCCUCUACUCUAGUUUAUCAUAGCCACACAUAUAAUGCUGCCACAUGGUUUCUCAUUAGGUCAGUUCAGCCUUGGUGCUUCUCCCCUUGCCCUUUUAUUUUUAAAGAUACCAUUAUUAUAUUUUCACAGACUUGGAAACACGAAGUAAUUUAGUGGCAUUUAAUAGGGGUGGAUUAACCAGUAAGCAUGGUAUGUGCUGGCUUACAGUAAGCAAGGUACACAUGGGCUUGUAUGAAAUAGUGCACUACAGAUUAGUAAGUAAGCACAAUUAAGCCCAUGCUUACCUUGCUUAUUGGGUAAUCCACCCUGGGGCAUAUGGGCCUUUGGAAGUAUGGCUCAAAAGAAAAAUCAAUGCACCUGUGUAAGUGACUUGUCUUUCUGUUGUUCCAAUUCUGUGGGUAACAAAUUCAACGGUGCUAUAACCAGGGUCAGGGUGAUGAGGACACUCACCAAACGCCAUGUGUCAUCACAGACACUUACACAUACUUGAAACCUCAAAUAAAAGAUUUAUGAUA